UCUCUGACAAAUUCCAUUUGGGGAAAGCUUUCCGACCCUCCCUUGCUCGAUUCUCCGCCAUGGCGACCCGCCUUCCGAGGACGAAGCUAUUCUGGUCCCUAACAUCCAGAUCAUCGGCUGACGAUUAUUCGCCGAUGGCCGUUCUCAUCAGAUCUAGGCGAAGGUGGGCGUCAUCGUCGUCUUCUUCUUCUUCUUCUUCUUCGUCUUCUCCGCCUAGUAAGUCGCAGAAAACGGAGAAGAAGUUCGUGGACCGUCUUUCAUCGGUGAUAGACGCCGUCAAUGACCGGAAACUCCCUCCGGAGCUUCGAGGCCAGCGUAACUCUGUCAGGUCAGAAACUGAUCUGAUAAAUGUUGUUGAGAGGAGGAUUUGGAAUUCCAUGGAAGAAGGGCAAUUCGAGAACUUACCAGGAAAAGGGAAACCUCUGAAUCUCUCUACUAAUCCCCAUGCUGAUCCAGCAGAAGACACAUUGUACCGAAUCUUGUCGAAAAAUGGAUGUGCACCAGAAUGGGUUGAGCUCAACAAAGAGAUUAGGAGCAAUAUAUCUGUGUGGCGAUCAUCGUUGAAGAAAGCAUUUGAGAGUAGAGGCAAUGAAGAUCUUUCAAAAUGGACUGAGAGUUCAGAGGCUUUGAAAGUGCAAUUGCAACACAUCAAUGACAAGGUUUUUCGGUAUAACUUAAUAGUUCCUUUUGGCCGCCAAAUGUCUGGAUUGAAAUGGGAGAAAGAACUGGAUCGUCUUGUAGAAUGAGACAACCUGUUUCUCCUCUUUGCAAUCCACCGCCCCAGUUUUGCUUUGCCAGGUCAGAACCAUUGAACCAGCAUUCAUGUCUCUACAGACAGAAAAACUGUUCUAGCCGUCACAUAAAAGGAGAAAAGAAAGCUCUUUUGGCAUAUCAAAUCCGUAUAUCUGCAGUGCUUAUCUAGUUUAUACUGUUUAAAAAUGUUUACAUAUGAUUGUGGGUUUUGAGUCUUACCCAUUUUUCACUUUAUGAUUUUUAAUUAGGUUAAAAGAAAUUAUGGUUGUAUUCGUCCAGUAAAAUGUACUGUUCUAACUUUUGAUAAGGAUUCUUAUGAAUACCUAUCAUUAAUACAACAUUUUACAGUUUGAUUAGCA